CUCAAAAUUCAAAGCUUCUCUGAUCUCUCUCUCUCUCUCUCUCUCUCGAGCUUUGGUUCUUAGUAUUAUUUUAACCAUUUUCAGUAGUUUUGGUUUGGAGUGAUGGAAAAUGAGGAAGUUCCAUCAGCACCUUCAACUCCUGCAACACCAGGGACUCCAGGAGCUCCACUCUUUGGUGGGUUAAAGGCAGAGAGAAGUGGGAAUGGCAGGAGAUCCCUUCUCAAGAACUGCAAGUGCUUCAGUGUUGAAGAAUGGGCCUUGGAAGAAGGCACCUUGCCCAAAGUCUCUUGCUCUUUGCCACCUCCUCCUAUUCCACUUGCAAAAAAGGUUGGAGCUGAGUUCAUAGGCACUCUCAUACUGAUCUUUGCUGGGACAGCCACAGCCAUUGUGAACCAAAAGACACAAGGCUCAGAAAGCCUCAUUGGCUGUGCUGCUUCAUCUGGCCUUGCUGUUAUGGUUGUCAUUCUCUCCACUGGACAUAUCUCAGGAGCCCAUCUCAACCCAGCUCUCACCAUUGCCUUUGCUGCCCUAAAGCACUUCCCAUGGAAACAUGUGCCUAUGUAUAUUGGAGCACAGGUUGUGGCAUCUUUGUGUGCUGCAUUUGCACUAAAGGGGAUUUUCCACCCAAUAAUGGGAGGGGGAGUCACUGUUCCUUCAGGGUCUUAUGGCCAAGCUUUUGCUUUGGAGUUCAUCAUUAGUUUCAACCUCAUGUUUGUUGUCACAGCCGUGGCCACUGACACAAGAGCUGUGGGAGAGUUGGCGGGAAUCGCGGUAGGAGCAACUGUCAUGCUCAACAUACUCAUAGCCGGGCCAACAACAGGAGCUUCAAUGAAUCCAGUGAGAACACUAGGGCCAGCCGUUGCUGCAAACAACUAUAAAGCAAUAUGGGUGUACCUCACUGCUCCCAUCCUCGGGGCACUGUGUGGGGCAGGAAUCUACUCUGCUGUCAAGCUGCCAGAAGAAGAUGGUGGCAUCCAUGAAAAGCCUUCAACAACAAGGAGCUUCAGAAGGUGACCGACCGACCAACACCAUCAUCACACCUACAUUAAUAACAUCGAAACUCCAUCAGAUUAUAAUGAAGCUGGAUCAAAAUGAGCAUGACAACGUACAAGAUGGGAGACAGUUUCACAACGAGUCUUGUGGCCUUUGGGUACAUAUAUAUUAUACUAAUAAGACAAAGUAACACUAUUUAGUAAACUAUUAUACGAUAGUCAUACAACUUGAUGGUAUGAUAGUAAAAAUCAACUUCGAAUUAGAUAAAGUAACGCUAUUUAGUAAACUAUUAUACGACUUUCAUCUUCAAGUACAUAUUGAUACUGGGUAAUGGAGAUAUAGUAGUCUAAACAAGCAGAAAACGAAAUUUGAGGGUUUUAAAGCAUUAUCAUUCAGCUCUCUCUUUUCUCUCUACUGUAUUUGUAUCU